UGCUAGACUAACCCUAAGCAGAACGUCAAGUAGAUACCGGAUGAAGAUUAUUAUGGGGGACUACAUCCACCAGAGAUCCCACUCGACUCCUAAGGGUAACAGAGGUCAAAGUUCAGAUGGCCAGGGAGAUCAUGGCAAACACGCUACCACAUCCCUGUCCCUAGACGAGACUGGUGAAUCGACACGUUCCCUUCUCUCCAUCCUAUCCCAUAGCAGCAUCAAGGAUUUACCAGAUGUGUUGGGAAACCAAUCAGAAGAUGAUGAAGACAUAUCCACUUCUUCAUCAUCAUCAUCAUCCAAACUAAGCUCACGGUCCUCUAUUGUUAGAUCACAGACCUCAACUACAAGGUCACGAUCGAGGUCUUCAUCGACCUCUCGCUCAAAGUCUCAGAUGGAGUGUUGCAGCAAUUCGUCCAGGUACUCCCUGCCAAAGACCAGUGACUCCCAUUCAACAUCCACCUCUCAAACGACAUCCAACAAAGUCCCGCAGUUGACCCCGUGGGAGAAAUGGCUGAUCGAGAAGACUAAACAAGAGAGAAAGAGAGUGAAAGAAAAGGCCAAGCUGCAGAGGGAGAAACAGCUGAAGAUUGCAGAAGAGAAGAAGAUGAAGGUGGAGAAAGCUAAGGUCAUUGAGGUCAAGGUCAACAUGUGGAUUGAGGAAAGAACAACUAAGGAGCAAGAAUCGAGAAAAGCCAACUGGAGGCUAGAGAAGACAAAGAAACAACUUGAAGCAGAAGAGAAUAGAAGAGUACAGGAGAAAGCAAAGGAGAACUAUGGAGAAUGGAGGAGCAAGAAGAAGGCUGAAAAAGAGAUGAAGGAGAAGAAGGAGAAGGAAGAACAAAGUGCUGAAGAAGAAGCCGAAAGGAGGAGGAAAGAAGAGGCGGAAGAUGCAUACCUGAAGUGGAAAGAAGAGGCCAAGACGAGACCAUUUCCCCUAGCUACUCGAUUUGGCUAUCCUCAGGGCUCUGUCAAAGGCUACCAUGACAAGGCAAGCUACGCCAUUCCCAGCUACUACAACCCAGUCCCCUGGAUGCCUAUCCACACCCCUAAAGAGCACACCAAGCCUGUUGCAAAGGGGAAGAAAGGGCGGGGUAAGAGGACCAAUGCUACCUCAUUAGGGAGGCAGAUACAACAAGCGUUGUCACCCCCUCUGCUCUUCAGAGAACGGUCAGCAAAGGAUAAGCUUGGGAAACUGAGGUGACAUUAAGGGUAAAAGACAGUGAAGAACAUUUCUUCUGUAAAUCCUGUAUUUGAUAAAAAACCUUUAAUCUGUUCUUAGCAACAGAUUAAAGGGCGGGUGAAGAGGACCAAUGCUACCUCAUCAGGGAGGCAGAUGCAACAAGCGUUAUCACCCCCUCUGCUCUUCAGAGAACGGUCAGCACAAGAGAAGCUAGGGAAAGGGGGGUAGUUGAGGGGGGGGGGGAUUUGUUUUGUUUAGUGCUCACUAUCACCCCUGCACACUAUCACCCCUGCACAAUGCAUUUUUUGUGACGUAGGGUCCUCACAACACAGAUUUGUAAUAUAACCAAAUUCAAUGUAGUUUGCUCAGUAUUGUGUGCGUCUGUAAAAUGGCGCCUGUCUGGAAUGCUCUCCAGGGAGUGAAAAAUGUGCAUACACUGUCUGCAGGCAAACCCGAAUUCUAUGACUGGGGCAGUAACAUAUAUGUAAAGUGCUAGAGACAUUGUCAAUGUUUUAAGCACUACAGGGUAUAUAAACGCGGAAUAGCAUUAUCAGAUGAAUUGAUUGAAUGCCAAUAGCUGAUUGACUGAAAAGUGUCUUGCUCCAAACCUGCCUAAUUCAUUUAAUUUGCAAUAAGAACAUUUGAUUUUCAUGAAAUACUUUAAAAUUAUUUAUUUUCUCUUUAAAGAUAUUAUCUCCCUUUUGCAGCCAACAUCAAUUC